AUGGCUUUUGCUCCGGUAUCCUCGUUAACUAUUGAUGGUAUGCCAAAAUUCUUGUCAAUGGGAUAUCAUGAAUUGAUCAAUCGGGCUAUUUACACAUUUGCUGAACUUAAUAUAGCUGAUCGACUUAUUCAGGCUUCAUCUGAUCGUGGCUUUACCGUUCAAGAAAUCAUUGGUGAUGAUCGGCCACAAUGGAAUAGUGAUUUUCUUUAUCGAAUUCUACGUGCAUGUAUUUAUGGAGGUAUUGUCAAAUCAAUUAACGAUGACAAGCAUUUCAUUCUUACUCCAUCUGGUAUGAUGAUGACAUCGGAUCAUCCAUCACAAGUUCGCAAUUUUAUUCGUUUAGCCUUUGGACCAAAGAUUAGCAGCGCUAGUUUGGAAUUACCAAACAUUGUACGCGGUGAAGGUGCAGGCUCUGGAAUAGCUCGUGUCUCGGGUGGUAUGGAUAUGUAUACACUUAUGGGCCAACCUGAUCAAGAAGAGUUCUUAUCAAUAUUUAGUGGUGCCAUGACGGCACUUUCAACAAAUAAUGCCUCUCUAUUGGUGACCGGUGUCGAUUUUAGUCGCUUCAAAACCAUGGUCGAUAUUGGUGGCAGUCGUGGGACAUUUUUAGCUCAAAUUCUUGAAAACUAUUCAACAAUUCAACAUGGAAUCGUCUUCGAUCUGCGACAUAUUGUUAAUAAAUAUAAAAAUGGUGAAGAGUUUGAGUCACGUAAAAUAGAUAAAGAUAGAUGGAGUUUUGUUCCUGGCAAUAUAUUUGAUUCAUCAAUAGUUCCAUCAGCAGAUGCCUAUAUACUAAAACUUAUUUUACAUUGUUUCGAUGAUAAUCAAUGCGUAGAAAUUUUAUCAUCAAUUCGUAAAGCAAAUGAAAAUCGAAAAGGUGCAACAACGACUAUAUUUAUAGUUGAACAUGUUAUUUUACCUGAUGGAGCUGUAAGCAACUGGAUAUCACACUCAAUCGAUAUAAUAAUGGGUGUUGUAUUUGAACACGCUCGUGAACGGACACAAGAUGAAUACGAAGAAUUACUGAAGAAAGCUGGAUUUGAACUAAAAAAGUUAUAUCCAAUUCAGGCACCGGAGUCUAUCAUCGAAGCUGUAGUUGUUCAUUAA